AUCUCACCUCACCAGAGAACAUCACCAUUUCCACAUUCUCACCACAUGUUGGUUAACAUGGCAGUGUGACGGUCGAUCGUGCGGCGAAUGCCAUCGAAUAUGGUAUUUCUCAUCACAAAGAUACCGGCGCUCCGAGAUCGCAUGGCUCGAUGUUGCCCAACCUCUCCCGUUGUCCCUCUGAUGUGGCAUCUUCACGAUCACAGCACGCGUUCAUCGAACCUCCAGAUACACAAUAUCUCGGAUCACCCCGCCGGAUGUACGCCCCCACGAUGUACCAUCCAUGCUUUCAAUAGACUCUGUGCUGGGUGGUGCUACGAUGGCGGUGUAGAGUUUCUUGUUGAUGCACGAUUUUGAUGCCCAUCACUCCACAAUGCGGGAUCCCAAUUGCAACUUCGAAUUGUUAUCGUCAUCCCACGACCCCUCGAAGAACUCUCACAUUGGAACCCACACUGUAGAGUGGGGGCGCUCAAGGCAAUGUGCUACGAAUGUUGAUGCAGGCGGUGCGAUGCUCGUCUUCAAGCAGUACCGAAUACCUGGCGGGCUCGCGCGAAUCGCACCGGUCAUUUAUAUGCAAGAAUAGUAGGAGCGACCAGAGCACAACAUCUCGAGGGAUACGCGGUAAAGUUGUAUACGAAAAUAGCAUUAUUAUCACUUUCAAGAGGUUGCAGCUUGGAGUUUGUGACCACGAAAUUGUAUGCCUAACGUCGCCCAAAGAGAGGUUUCGACACAGAACGACAUAUUACAGCACGUGUUCAACACUUCUACAACAACGGCUUCAACAAUUCUUCACAUUUGGUCUGAAACUCACAGAAGAGCUGAAUCGCCUGGGGUCAUGUUAGAAGAUAUGUCUGAGAGUAUCUGAGAUAGGGACAAUGAUUAUUACCUCCUCAGUUUUCUUCUCUCCUUUGCCUCCUUGACUUUUUCCAAAUUGGUCGCGAAACUCCUUCUCGUUAUGGAUGCAGGUUUUGCUAUCCAUAUUUCCAAUCUCAGUCUCUCUGCCCAAGAACAAAGAGUGGCCAUUGACACUUCUCUCGGUCCACUCAACCUGUUUCAAUUCCUCUAGAAGUGAAGGGGCGAUAGUCAAUGCGUUCACUCCAGCAAGGAGCAUGACUUCCUCAAUUGAAACGACGCUACAUGCUUUAACGCGGGUCUCGUAGGAGUUUUCUUCAUAGUAUCUCUGGGCUUGAACGCAAAGCAGAAAAUUGGGAUCUUUGUCUUGGUAUCUAUACAAAUCAGAAACUGGGUACAAUGAGUUGCAAUACACUACUCACAAUUCAUCAAAAUGAACUCUCAGUUCAUGUACAAAUGGUGAAAUAGAUACACAGCCCACUUCACCUGCCAGUAUUGCUUGUUCCAUGGUGAAUAGCGUAGUUGCAAGAGUCCUGAUACCCAUAUCUUUUAAUUGUCGGCAUGCUUGGAGGCCUUCAAAGGUAGCGGGUACUUUGAUGCAGAGUCUUGAUAGGUCAAAACUUGGGUUCAACCGUUGGCAAAAGCUUGCAAUUCCUUUUUCAUAAUAGUUGAAGUCAGCGAUCCCUCUGAAAUUUUCCAUAGGGUGGUUUGAUCACACUUUUACCGUUAUCAAUGAUAUUAGAGGUUGAAUAGGAAUAGGUCGGAUUUGCCAUGACGUGAAUAGAGCCGCUGAUAUAUGGGACGAUUUCCAAUGCGACGAAACACAUCUUUUUACUAUUAGCAUAAAUAUUCUCAUCAUUUGUGGGGAUCAUACACACGCUCAACUCUACGCCUACCUCUACCAGAGUCACCGAAGGAUAUUCAUGGAGAAUAUUCCUGGCCAAAGCAAUGGAUGUUUUCAGAACUGAGAGUCUUUUUGGUUUGGACAAUUCGAAAUAGAAAUCCGCCUAUGUUUGUUAGUUUUUCCGUCUAUGAAAAUAGACGCAGAGGGUUGUACCUGGUUGGACGUGGAGUCUACGAACGGACCAAGAUUCUUUGCGACUGAAUGAUAAUACUCGUGUCAGUCAAUGAAUGUUGAAAGAUGAGGCUGCCGUACCUUCUAUGUCAACACUGUCAAGGUCGACCUGUGAAAGGGCUCUGAGUUCUUCUAAAAGGCUCAUAUUUCAGGAAGUGAUAGUGACGAUAGUAUCGAUGAGUAGAGCUGGAAAUCGAUCUGGUACUUUUGACAGAAGGAAAGGAGAGAAGAGCGUGAGGGACUGGAAGAAAUUCCCUAUGAGUACACAGCGAUAAUGCUCACAGGUGCCACAUAUAUCCUAGUAUAUGAGUGGCUUUUCGUGUCUUUAACCACCAGUGAUACAAAUCUCUCAUGUGGUGUUGGUCAAGCGCUCUAGACUCAGAUUGUGAACAAAUCAUUGUACACGUACAAUAUACACAGCCGUUCUAGUGCGUUUCUUCUCGGUCCCCUGUUCCAUAGUCUACACACACUUGCCCUUACUAUUGCACGAUAACAUGACAAUACGUCGAGUAGGACCUGGAAGCACCAUCUCAGAUCUUGUUCCGUCACAAACCAUGAGAUAUAGAGACGAAACAAGAGAAACUGGAGUGUCUGGAAUAUAUACGAGCCAUUACUUUAACCCAAAUCUUCACCGGUCCUCUGAUCUUUGCGCAAUGCAUUCUUGCUAUUUUCCAGCAACUCGAAGAGACAAAGAGCCAAAAUUGGAUUUUCAAAGCGUUACUGUGAAAUUUAAGAACACACAGCUUAACGAUUUGGUCAUUUCCAGAGAAAGCUUUAUCAAGGCAUCAUGGGCGGCUCUUUUGUACACCUAUGUGAGAAAUGAGUUAGUUCUGUUUGCGGUGCUUGGAGAGGUGGAGGCCAAUGACGUUCCCCUCUAUCAGGUUUCAAAUUCCCCGCCAAAUAUAUCUGUCCUGCGAUAUCUUCUCGACCCAUCUCAAACCCUCGAUGAUAUACGGCCCCAAGCGGAGUUUACCUCCACCUCUCGCGAAUUACUGGAGUCUAAAGUCAACUCGGCUGUGUGUUUCGCGGGAAAUGGCGCACGCCAAUUCCAGCCAGAAGGUUUUGAUGCGUCAUUUGAAGCAUUGAUUUCAUAUGGUGUUCCAGUAAGCUUUCCACAAAAUUUGUCUGAAUUGGGUAUACUGAUGAGGUCCAAGUGUGAUUUGAUUUUGGAAGUGCAAGGACUCCAGCCGUUCGUCAGGGUUAAUCUUAAGUAUCGAAGCACUACCGUGUCAAGACUGUAUGCGCAGUCGAUAGCGGAGUCACUUCAGAAGACUUUUGAAGCAGUUUUGUCGGGACAAUCAAUGAAUUCCCUCAGGGAAUCAAUUCUGAACAAACAAAAAGAGACCAUGAUUCGUUGGAACCCACAAGAGCCAUAUCACCAUCUUACUUGUAUGCAUCACCUGGUAGAAGCUACCUGUCGCAUUUCACCUUUCGCAGAAGCAGUGUGUGCUUGGGAUGGAUCGCUGAACUACUCACAACUGGAUGUGCUUUCUUCGAUUGCUGCUAGGAAAUUGGCAGCAGCAGGAGUUAAGCAAAGAAUGCACGUACCGUUUGCUUAUGAGAAGAGCCUUUGGGCAGUCGUUGUGACGCUGGGGAUUCUAAAAGCCGGUGCAUCGUUCGUACCUUUAGAUCCUCAGCAUCCAGAUUCUCGAAUCAAAGAAAUUUUGGCUACAACGGAGGCAAAACUCAUAGUCACCUCGGAUCUUUUUGCGGCAAAAUAUAGGGCCCUCGCAAACGUCGUAGUGAUAUCCGCAAAGACCAUGACCAUUCCAUCAGCCGAAGAAUCACACAGCCCUUUCUUCUCAGUGACAGUCAGACCAGAAGACCCCAUUUUUGUGCUUUUCACGUCUGGAUCAACAGGCAAGCCCAAAGGGAUGGUCUUGACCCAUGGUGCUAUAUGCACCCAUGCAGUGAGCCAUGGGGAAAUUAUGAAUUACCGGGGACGGCGAGUUUUACAGUUCGCUGCUCAUGUCUUCGAUGUCGCAAUCAUGGAUAUUUUCACGACCCUGAUAUUUGGUGGUUGCGUUUGUAUCCCAUCUGAAGUAUGUUCAAAUUUCUCUUCUUGUGGCAGUGGAUGUCCCGUCUUCAUUUCAAUCUUUUCCGAAAUAAUUGAGGUCAUAUACAAGAGCUCUACAACAAUUAUUUUGAUUAAUGCAGAGUUUUGGAGUUAUUGUUUCAAUUAUCCUAGAAGUUCAGGUCAACGAAAGUUAACACUACCGCAUUCCUACAACGUGUGACCAUAUGCUAUAAUAUAAUGCUAACCAUGAGCUUCGUGUGUCAAGGAAGAGAGGAGAGGCGCCAUCAUUCGCGCAAUUAACAACCUUAAAGCAAACCAUGCAAUUUUGACACCAUCAUUUGCAAAGCUCAUCAAGCCAUGUGAGGUACCCAAACUGACAACUCUGGCCAUCGGUGGCGAGGCGCUCCCAGAGGAAAGUCUCCGAGAGUGGCUCAAAAGCAUCUCUGUCAUUCAAAUUUACGGCCCGGCAGAAGUUGGAAUUUGUCUAUCAAUGAAUAUGAGCUCUGAUACGAAGACCGAAACUGUGGGAUAUCCGCUUCCAAAUUGUUCAUGUUGGCUUGUUCACCCCGAAGAUCCUGAUGUCCUUGUUCCGAUUGGGGCUGUUGGUGAGCUCCUGGUGUCAUCACCAAGUUUGGCAAUGGGUUAUCUGAAGAAUGAAUCGAAAACACGCGCUUCUUUUAUCAAUCCACCUGCAUGGGCAAACGGCAUUUUCCAGAAAGAUACACGCUUUUUCAGAACAGGAGAUCUUUUGCGUUACAAUACUCACCUCUUUGAUGGCUCUUAUGAUUUUGUGGGGAGGAAGGAUUCCCAAAUCAAACUCCGAGGUCAACUAAUUGAGCCAGCUGAGGUGGAGUUUCAUCUGUCCAGCCUUCCAGGCGUGGCGGUUUGUAUGGUGGCUCGUCCCACCGAAGGAUGUUUUUCUGGAAAACUAGUCGCAAUUGUGGAGAUAAAGAGCCCUUUCUCUUCGCAAGUUAGGAAUGAGCCAAUUACAAUUGCCGAAACUCAAUAUUUGCACCUUCAUGCUGUACAAGAACACAUCUCUAGGCUGCUACCGUCCUACAUGAUUCCAAACGUAUGCCUCGUCAUCAAAAGAAUGCCAUUUGUUCCGUCCCUGAAAAUAGAUCGACGACGUGUGGAAGCAUGGCUUAUGGACAUGAAAACAGAUCCCUUGGAAUCUUCAGCUACUACUUCCAAAGUCGCAGGUCUUGAUCUCUUGAAUAAGUCCGAAUCUACUGCAAACAAAUUAAGCCUGAAGAUUGCAGAAAUUGUAGCUGCCAGCGAUACACCCUUGCGAGCUCGCCUGGAGAAUCACAACUUCCUUUUGCAGUCAGUUGGCAUCGACUCUAUACAGAUGACUUCGCUAUCCAUAUAUCUGCAACGUACCUUUGGCUCCAAAAUUCUUCUUAAUCGACUGAUAGACCACAACAUGUCCGUCAGACGACUAGCUAGUUUGGUGGAUAGCCACGAAGCAAUUUUCGGUCGCGGAACGCAAUCUACAUUCAAUGUGUUCUUGGAGGCUGAAAAUAUUCAUAGAGGGCUCUUACAGGUUAUCGAAGAUGCUCAGUUGAAUUCAAUUGAUGGCCAAAAUAUUUGCGAGCUUCCAACCUUGAAGAACGUUUUUUUGACAGGUGCUUCGGGGUACCUAGGGUCCUCGAUAUUGAAACAACUGAUGGAAAAGGAUCAUAUUACAGUGUGUGCUUUGGUCCGAUGUUCUGAUGAUGUCGCUGGGCUCGAACCAUUGCAAGUCCCUGCUCAAAAGGCUGGUUGGUGGAAGGAUGAAUACAAAUCACGGAUAAAGUAAGACUCUUUUUUCAACUCGGCUAUUCUCAAUAUAUAGUCUAUCACUACCACUCAGAAUGCUGACUGUUUACUCAGAAUUUGGAAAGGAGAUCUUGACCACCCAGACUUCUGUCUUGAUCCAACUCAUUGGAAUCAGCUGCGAGGAAAAUCUGAAGACCCCAAAUCUCAUGUUCAUGCUAUUAUCCACAAUGGUGCCAAGGUUCACUAUACUACUUCCUAUGAAACAUUAAAACCAACCAAUGUCUGUCCCACAGCCACUCUCCUCGAAACUACCGCGCUAUCUGCAAACAUACUAAGCUUUAGCUUUGUCUCCGGAGGCCAGCUGCCAGAUGAUCUUUCACUUGAACACAACGGCGAGGUCGAUGUUGAAAUGAAUGGUUACGCUCAAACUAAAUCGGUGUCUGAGCUGCUGGUCAGAAAAUGUUCCGCUAACGAUCUCUUCCACGGGAAGAAACUACAUAUUGUCAAGCCAGGCUACAUAAUUGGUUCGCCGAGGAAUGGAAUGGCAAACACAACCGACUACAUCUGGCGGCUGAUUGCUAGCUGUGUUGAACUUCGUAUCUUUAACAAAGACACCGCGUCUCAGUGGUUAUUUGUGGCGGAUGUGGAACACGUUGCUGGCCUUGUGGUUCACAGUAUGGAUAAGAGGGCCAACGAAAUACUGAGAGUCUUGGAUGGCUUGACCUUCUCGGAUAUCUGGGGUAUUCUCCAGAAUGACUUUGGUUAUGUGAUGAAAGGAGUUAGUGGAGAUGUGUGGCUGAGGCGCAUAAGAAGUGAGAUUAGGGGCUGUGGAGAAGGACAUAGACUUUUCCCUUUACUUCAUAUGCUUGAGAGUGAUAUUGGGAGGACUGAUCUGGGUGGUUCAACCAGCGAAUUGGCGGGGAACAAACAGAGAGUUAUGGAAGCUAUCAGGAGUAACGUGCGAUAUCUGAUAGAAGUUGGGGUUUUGCCAAAACGACAUUGAGGUUAUUGAGGCUGGGGUUGAAAUAUUGAUUUAACAGAUCUUUUGAUUCUCUAUACUUUCUGGCAAAAUUUGAGAGUCCGGUAUUCGAAUUGUUG